AUGCCUGCAAACAACAGCAAGGUCUGGUCUGCUCAGGAACUAUCCACUUUCCUAACUAUCAUUGGCGAUAGCGUUAUUCAGAGUGAGCUUGAUGGAUCAGUGAGAAAUGAAAAGGUGUAUAAAGAUAUUUCUCAGCGGAUGGCAGCUGAGGGAUUUGAACGGACAUCGGGUCAGUGUAGGACAAAGCUUAAAAAGCUGAAAGGCAAAUAUAAAAAAAAUUAAGGAUGCCAACAGCCGUAGUGGAAACAGUCGAAGUACUUGGAAGUGAUACGACGCCAUGGAUGCCAUUUACAGUCAUAGGCCGGCAAACCAAGGCAGGGAGGAAGGUCUGGACUCUGCAUCUGCACUUCUCGAAUCCAUGAUAGAACCCAUUGUUUCGUUUUUUUUCCUACUUUGCAUUGGCUUUCGCUCUGCUAACCAUUUAUAAAUUCACUGCACAAAACCAUUAACUAUUUGCACAAAAAAACACAUUUUAUUUGUAGUGGACUGAACUAUUGAACUGUGCAGUUUCAGAUACAGUUGAUGGACUCUCCAAUGAUACCUCAACCUUUUCUUAUGUUUCUGAUGAUGGUCCAUCAACGUCGUUCUGCAGCACCAGUACGAUGACGUCAACACAGACCCAACCACAGACCCAACCACAGAGUAUGCCCAAUGCAACCCGGCACACUGGUAAGACAUGAUGUUCAGAGUGAAAGUUGUAAUUGUGAAUUUUCCUAACUUUUAAUUCACAGCAAACUGUGAACUCACUCAAAAUGCUUCUAUGUAGUGUGUUUGCAUAAUUAAAUCCAUAAUCAUAAUUGUACAUUGUCUGUAUAUACUGCUAUUUAAAUUUCAUUGUGUUUUGAGCUUAUCUUAAGUAUAUUGUGUUUAUUGUGUUUAUUUUAAUGUGUGCUUAUACUGUUCUUAUGUGUUACAUCUUUUCUUUAUUUACAUUAUGUUAGAUUAUAUAUAUAUCCACUUGUUUUUGUACCAAUUGCUAAAAAAACAACAAAAAAACACUAUUCUGGUAUUUUGUAUAUUCCAGGUGAUAGAAGACGGUUUCAGCUGGAUUUGCGCACAGUCAUGGAGGAUAUGCAGGCAGCAGAGGAAAGGCAGCAGGAAAGGAUGGAGAACCUUUCUGAGCGGCGGUUUCAGGCACUGCGUCAGGAUGCCCAGGAAGCAAGGCGCCAGGAGACAGAAAUCGCACGGCAGCAGAUGGAGCAGUUGGCUACCUUCAACCAGGCCUUCCUUGGUGUCCUUGGGCAGCUUGUUCAAGUGCUGGGAGGCAGUCGUGAUCCCAGGUCACCGCCCUGGCAGUAG